CUACGGAUUAUAUUCGGCUGCGACGUAUUGAGCACGCUGGCUUGCUUGAGUUUUGGGAAUUACGAAGCUUUCUGUUGACAUCACACGGUUUAGGCAGUAAAGCAGGUCGACAGACGGGGGGACACAAAGGAGGGAGUUGUGGGAAAAGCGCCGCGCGCCGCACGUUUGUUUGGUUUAGUGCGCUUGAUUAGUGAACGCUCAGGCUUCACGCCGUUGAGUUGAGCAGGCGUCUCUUCUGGCGACAAUACUGCGACCAGCGUUUGUCUUGAAGAAAUCGUUUAUAUUUAGACAUGGUGAAGCAGACCAAGGCCAAAACUUUCCAGGCCUAUCUGGACUCCUGUCACCGAUGCUACAGCUGCGUCCACUGCCGUGCACACCUGGCCAACCAUGAUGACCUAAUUUCUAAGUCAUUUCAAGGCAGUCAAGGACGUGCCUACCUGUUCAAUUCUGUGGUGAACGUGGGUUGUGGCCCAGCAGAAGAAAGGCUGCUGCUGACUGGUCUUCAUGCUGUGGCUGAUAUUUACUGCGAGAAUUGCCACACCACACUGGGCUGGAAAUAUGAGCAGGCAUUUGAGUUAAGUCAGAAGUAUAAGGAGGGGAAGUUUAUUAUUGAAUUAUCUCACAUGAUUAAGGAUAAUGGCUGGAACUGAAGCAUUAAGCCUUUGCUUUAACUUUCUGUCACUGCUUGCAGCUUCUCCAAGAACGUCAUGAGAUGCUUUCUUUUAUAUA